AUGGCUCCUCGUACCGAGUUUAGUACGGAGCAGGUCCGAAACAAGGCUCGCAAAGACUUGCUCUAUCUGCUCGAGGGCGUCCGCGGCAAGAAGAAUCUCGUCUUCGACAAGACCUUGGUUGGCCCUGUUGGAACAAUCGUCAAGGUCAAUACCUUGCAAGAGUAUGGAGUCGACAAGUUCUUCAUUUUAGAGAACGACAAUGUGGACACUAGCCAGCAUAAUGUAAUCUUCAUCGCCAGAGGCGAGUGCGGGCGACACGCCGAGAGCAUAGCCAAUCAAAUAAAACGCGUGCGACGCCAGAGCCAGACAACUCAUGAUUUUCACAUCUUUUGGGUCCCUCGUCGCACACUCGUGUCCGAUCAACUUUUGGAGGAUGCAGGUGUAUUAGGCGACGUGAGCAUAUCCGAGCUCCCGUUAUCCUUCUUCCCUCUCGAGAAAGAUGUCUUGUCUUUAGAACUGGACGAUUCUUUCAAAGAUCUGUAUCUCUCCAAAGAUGUAACACCAACAUACCUCCUGGCAAAAGCCUUGAUGGAAAUUCAACAAAAUCACGGCUUAUUCCCACGGAUAAUUGGAAAGGGCGAUAAUGCAAAAAAGGUGUCGGAUCUUCUGGUCCGUAUGCGUCAGGAACUGCUGGCGGGCGAGGACACCAGCGACACGAACAAACCCGGCUUAACGCCAAGCUCCACCAACGAAAGCAUUAUCAUAAUCGACCGCGAGGUAGACUUUGUUACUCCACUUCUCACACAGCUGACCUACGAGGGUCUCAUCGACGAAGUUUUCGAAAUUCAGAAUAACCAAACCAAAGUAGACACAACGAUUGUUGGCGCCCCAGCUCGGUCAUCGACCGCGACUACACAGGGACGGAAGGAGACGGUGCUUUUGGAUUCUAGUGACAAGCUGUAUGGCCAAUUACGGGACGCCAACUUUGCAGUUGUUGGCGGGAUGCUCAACAAGGUAGCUCGACGGCUACAACAGGUUCAGUCAGACUACGAGACCAAGACCAAGACGAAAUCAUUAGCUGAGCUCAAGGAAUUUGUCACUCAGCUGCCUGGAUAUCAACAGGAACAUCGAAGUGUGAGAAUCCACACCGGCAUGGCCGAAGAAAUAAUCAAGCGCACGAGAACGGAUGAGUUCAAAGGUCUGUUGGAGGUUCAGCAAAAUCUCGCAGCUGGUGCAGACCCUUCUUCACAGUUUGAUGGCAUCGAGGAGCUCAUAGCACGCGACGCGCCUCUGCGGGUCACUCUGAGGCUAUUGUGCAUUUACUCUUGUAUAUCAGGGGGCGCCACGCCGAAAGAGUAUGACCAAUUUCGAAAGCUCAUCCUGCGUGCCUAUGGUUAUCAGCAUCUCUUGACUCUUUACAACCUGGAAAAGCUACAACUCUUCCUCUCUCGGUUAUCCCCUCUCGCUGGGAUGAUUCCUAUGGCCGGCAACGCAGGAGCCACUGGCACCAAGACGAACUACACAUAUCUACGGAAGCAGCUACGGCUUAUUGUUGAUGAGGUUCAAGAGGAGGAUCCCAAUGACGUCUCCUACGUAUACAGUGGAUACGCACCUCUUUCUAUACGACUGGUCCAAUGCAUUUUGCAGAAGCAAUAUCUCCUGUCGUUCGUGAAGGGCCGCAGUGCUGCGGAUGCUGCUGUUGGUGCUGCAGGCGCCGCGACCCAAGGUUGGCAUGGUUUCGAUGAAGCUAUCAAGCAUGUGCGCGGCCAGACGUUUUAUGAGCUCCAGAAAGGCGAGGACAAGGCGGUCAAGGCUCGUGCCCUUCUCUCGGGAAGUGGUGCGAAGCAGACUGUGUUUGUUGUUUUCGUGGGUGGAAUUACGUUUACCGAAAUUGCUGCGCUUCGCUUCAUAGCUAAGCAAGAAGAAGGUCGACGGAACAUUAUCAUUUGCACGACCUCGAUAAUUAGCGGCAACAGAAUGAUGGACGCUGCGAUUGAAACUGGCUCAUAUGCAAAGGAGCCGCCGCCCGCGGCCCAGAGUGAACAAAGUUAA